GUGAUGAUUACCUGCAUGUGCGAGUCAAGCGUUUAAUGGUUUGGGCUGAAAGCCGCAGCAUCGUCGAGCUCCAGCUGACAGCCGAAUCGAAUCCGGAAGCGGAUCUCUAUGCACUGGCGUUGCCGCACUUCUGUACGUCCCGCUUUCUCUGCGCUCCGGAGUUUCGGAAUCUGGUGGUCGCUUGCAGAGGAUCCUGCCGGACUCUGGCUCGCCCGGACUUGCUCGAGCCGCUCAUGAAGGUGUCGGAGCUCGGGUACUGCCAAAUCCAAGGCCUCUCUCAAACAGCAACGAAGCGUCUGGCCUGGCUGGACGAAGGCAUCCGCAAAGCACAGGCCAGCAUGAGGACUUUGGGCCUUUCGUCACUGACACCUUUGAAAGCGGAGAUGAAGGUUGGCGAGCCGGAGCGCUGCAAUCCCCGCGCGAUGGCUGCAUCCCUGCCGUUUCAGAGUGGAGCCCUGCUGUACUUGCAUCCUUCUUUGAAGCUUUCUCACCUUGGUGAGCGUGGCAGCGGCUAUGUGUCCAUGGACACGGUGAAGCGUGGCGAGUUGCUCUUGGAAGAGCUGCCCUUCGUUUGGGACAGUGGCUCCGACCCGGAUGCGCCGGACCUGCAGGCAGGUGCCGACUGGAUUCAGAGUUCCCGGCUCCUUGGGGAUUUCGACGUGCCUGCAAGCGACGACACUCCACAAGCCAGGGCAUUGGCGAUAGCCUCCCGCUAUGCCUUCCGCACCUUCCGGCCCUGUGCCGAUGGCGCCUACCCGGCCAUGCUCUUCCGUGCCUGCAGUCGUUUCAACCACUCCUGCUUUCCGAAUGCCGGGGGUCACCUGGCACCCGGUGAGCUGUCAGAGUCCGUCUCCAACUACAAGGCUAAGGUCAGGUCCUUUCGAGUCUACGCUUUGGAAGAGAUCAGGUCCCGGGAGGAAGUCUGCAUUUGUUAUCUGUCGGAGGCCGAGCAGCUCUCACCUCUUCGGGUUCGCCGGGCCAGCCUUCAAGCCGGCUGGGGCUUCCUCUGCCACUGCGAUCGCUGUGCUGGCGGUCGACCCCUGGACCGUCGCCUGGAGGGCAUCGAUGCGGAGUUCGGAGGAGACCCGGCUUUCGACCGCAAGCAGGCGGCCGCCAAGGCCAACUUGGAAUUCCAGGCCCUCUUCGACCGAUCCCAUGAGAGCUAUGAUCCUCCCAAGGAUUUCGAGAGCACCGUCCAGCGGCUCACGCGUUUUCGGGAAGAUCAUCGAUUCUUGGACAAGGCGCAUACCGUCUCGCAGCGUGUUCGCCGGGAGCUCAUAGCUGCCUUCCUCAUCUGUGGCACGGACGGGGAGGUGGCCCACAGUUGUGCCACUCCGGCCCUUGCAUUGUUGAUCGAGGAGAUGCACAUCCAGCACGCGCUGCUUCCAAGCUUGAGCCCAUGCAAGGUGGCUCCCUAUGUGCAGUUCUUGCAGCUGCUGAAGCAUGUGUCUGAAGAAGAGGCAAGAUGGUGUCUCAGUGACCUCAAGGUGGAUGGCUGUGGGCUCCAGCACCAGCAGAGUCUCUGGCUCCACGACAAUGCCGAGGCCCGGCGCUUAGGUGUCGUGGAGCCCAGGAAUCUGCCACCCGCGCCUGUGCUGGGAGUGCCGCUGCGCACGGGUCCCCAAGCCGCACCAGGCGCAGCCUGUGGCCCAGGGCUGUCAGGGCCAGUGCCGCCACUGAGCUUGGUUUUGGCGAAAGCCGGCCGGCUCGCAGCUCUGUCGAUCCGCUCACAGCGCUGGCCCGGAAGGUGUCGGCAGCGGUGUCCCAAGCCAACCCAGGACGAGAUGCCACCGCUCAAAGCAGCGGUCGUCAAGAAACAGCUUCCCGACCUCUGGGAUGUUUACGCCGAUUUCGGUCAGCCCAGUAAGGAGGCUCGGAGGCUUCGUGGCCGCCGGGACCAGAAGAAGGGGCCGGAGUCUUGGUUUAAGUUCAAGGUCUCCAAAUGA